UAAAAGGGAAAAAGGGCCUGCAGCCCGCAUACUUGUACAUCUAUUUAUCAUUUUAUCCUGUUGCCAAGCCCCUCCUCCCACCUCCCACCACAAGCAACCUUCGUCACCGCCCGCCCAUCGCUAAAACCACCAAGCUGCCCCACCAACCACCAACCGGCCGACCUCUUCGCUUUCAUCUGGAGCUACCUCCGUCCACCUUGGGUCCCUUUCUCUCCACCGCUACAGGCCCAUUGUUGAUUAGACUGCAAUCUUAAAGACACUUUCACUUCCAACCAGAAUCAGCACCAUGGCCGGCAAUGUCGACCUGCGAGACGCUGGCCACGACGAUGUUGGAACCGUCGAGCUCAAGAAUAAUACCGUCAUAGUCGUCCUCGGUGCGUCUGGCGACCUGGCCAAAAAGAAGACUUUCCCCGCCUUGUUCGGCCUUUAUCGAAACAACUACCUUCCCAACGAUGUAAAGAUUGUCGGCUACGCACGGACAAAGAUGGACCACGACGAGUACCUCAGGCGCGUCCGGUCACACAUCAAGACCCCAACCAAGGAGAUAGAGAAGCAGCUCGACGAUUUCUGCCGCUUCUGCACGUACAUCGCUGGCCAGUAUGACAAGGAUGAAUCCUUCAUUGAGCUACGGAAGCACAUCGAGGAGCUGGAGAACGGCAGGAAAGAGACCAAUCGCGUCUUCUACAUGGCGCUCCCCCCCAGUGUCUUCAUCUCCGUCUCGCAGCACUUGAAGCGCAACUGCUAUCCCAAGAAUGGCAUCGCCCGUGUCAUCGUCGAAAAGCCGUUCGGCAAAGAUCUUGCAAGUUCAAGACAGCUCCAGCGCGCGCUGGCGCCCGACUGGAAAGAGGACGAAAUCUUCCGCAUCGAUCACUAUCUCGGCAAGGAGAUGGUCAAGAACAUAUUGAUUCUGAGGUUCGGUAACGAAUUCUUCGGUGCCACCUGGAAUCGGAACCACAUAGACAACGUUCAGAUCUCUUUCAAGGAACCUUUUGGUACUGAGGGGCGUGGAGGAUACUUCGAUGAGUUUGGUAUCAUCCGUGACGUCAUGCAGAACCAUUUGUUGCAGGUACUCACACUUCUCACGAUGGAGAGGCCAAUCUCCUUCUCCGCCGAGGAUAUCCGUGACGAGAAGGUCCGCGUCCUGCGCGCAAUGCCCGCCAUUGAGCCUAGGAACGUGAUCAUUGGACAGUAUGGGAAAUCCCUCGAUGGCACCAAGCCUUCGUACAAGGACGACGACUCGGUCCCCAACGACUCGCGCUGCCCGACGUUCGCAUCCAUGGUCGCCUAUAUCAAGAACGAGAGAUGGGAUGGCGUUCCCUUCAUCCUGAAGGCAGGAAAAGCACUGAAUGAGCAGAAGACCGAGGUCCGCAUACAAUUCAAGGACGUCACGUCCGGAAUCUUUAAGGAUAUUCCGCGUAACGAACUAGUCAUCCGUGUCCAGCCCAACGAGAGCGUCUACAUCAAGAUGAACUCGAAGUUGCCCGGCCUGAGCAUGCAGACGGUUGUCACGGAGCUCGACCUUACCUACCGUAGGCGGUUCUCGGACUUGAAGAUUCCCGAAGCCUACGAGUCCCUGAUCCUUGACGCGCUCAAGGGCGAUCACUCCAACUUUGUCAGAGACGACGAGUUGGACGCCAGCUGGAGGAUCUUUACACCGCUCCUGCACUAUCUGGAUGACAACAAGGAGAUCAUUCCCAUGGAGUAUCCCUAUGGAUCCCGUGGCCCGGCCAUUCUGGACGACUUCACAGCAUCCUUUGGCUACAAGUUCAGUGACGCUUCCGGCUACCAGUGGCCUGUGGCCACCAUCGGCAAUGAAAAGCUGUAACUGCUGUAUGCCACUGCACCUUUAUGGUUACGGGAAAUGUACCAACAGGUGAAGUCAUGAAUUCAGACCUGCCUUGUGGACUCUGGUAAGGACACGCGUGGAAGUACCGCAGCUACUCAUGGCAAAAGAAUCAAAAUCUUUACAAAAUCUCACUGCAAGUUAUCUUCUGCGUGUUGUUUCCAUUUGUCACUUUCAAGAAUAUUUCGUGACCAACAUGCUGAUCGGAUAAAUGUUCGUACGCAUCGACUCUAAAAUUAUAAAUCAUCCGCCCGGCAAAACUGAGCGGAAUGUCCAAGUUGGUGAGCGAGACCGGAGUCGGAGUCGGAGUUUUCAGCGGGGGUUUCUGUUGUGGCGCAGGUCUUUCAAAGCCUUUUGAUUUCACAGCC